CCCCCCCCCGCACACAUGGCUGUGGCUGCGGCCGUGGUGUCGCCGGUGGGCGUAGAGGAUACGGUGCUUCGGCCCCGCGGCGGGGAGGAGGCCGGGGAGGGCGUGUACGUGGAGCGGGGCCCUGGAGCGGCCUACCACAUGUUCGUGGUGAUGGAAGACCUGGUGGAGAAGCUGAAGCUGCUGCGCUACGAAGAGGAGAUCCUGCGCAGAAACAACCUGAAGCCCCUGUCCAGACAUUAUUUUGCUUUGCCUACCAACCCAGGUGAACAAUUUUACAUGUUUUGCACUCUUGCCGCUUGGCUAAUUAAUAAAGCAGGAUGCCCCUUUGAACAGCCACAGGAAUAUGAUGACCCCAAUGCAACAAUAUCUAAUAUAUUAUCUGAGCUUCGAUCAUUUGAAAGAUCUGCAGAUUUUCCUCCAUCAAAAUUAAAGUCAGGUCAUGGAGAGCAUGUAUGUUAUGUUCUUGAUUGUUUAGCUGAAGAAGCCCUAAAAUAUGUUGGUUUCAGUUGGAAAAGACCAGUAUACCCAGUAGAAGAAUUAGAAGAAGAAACAGUUCCAGAAGAUGAUGCAGAAUUGACAGUAAAUAAAGUAGAUGAAGAAAUUGUGGAAGAGGAGACUGACAAUGAAGAAAACUUUAUUGAUCUCAAUGUUUUAAAGGCACAGACCUACCGAUUGGAUAUGAACGAGUCUGCCAAACAAGAAGAUAUUUUGGAAUCUACAACAGAUGCUGCAGAAUGGAAUCUAGAAGUGGAACGUGUACUACCACAACUGAAAGUCACGAUUCGGACUGAUAAUAAGGACUGGAGAAUCCAUGUUGACCAAAUGCACCAACACAAAGGUGAAAUUGAAUCUGCUUUAAAAGAGACAAAGGGAUUUUUGGACAAACUCCAUAACGAGAUCAGCAGGACCCUGGAAAAGAUCAGUAGCCGAGAAAAAUACAUCAACAAUCAGCUUGAGCAUUUGAUUCAAGAGUAUCGUGCUGCUCAAGCCCAGCUGAGUGAGGCAAGGGAAAGAUACCAGCAGGGAAAUGGUGGAGUGACUGAAAGAACUAGAAUUCUUUCUGAGAUUACAGAAGAAUUAGAAAAAGUAAAACAGGAAAUGGAAGAAAAGGGCAGUAGCAUGACUGAUGGUGCUCCUUUGGUAAAGAUUAAACAGAGCUUAACCAAACUGAAGCAAGAAACAGUCCAAAUGGACAUUAGAAUUGGUGUAGUGGAACACACAUUACUCCAGUCAAAACUAAAGGAGAAGUCAAAUAUGACUAGGGAUAUGCAUGCAACAAUCAUUCCAGAAUCUGCAGUAGGUUCUUAUUAAAAUUUAUUGUACUUUGUUUUCUGCUCAGUUUUUUCUUAAGUCCAAUUAUAUUUCAUAUUGCUUAUUUAAAAAAUAAUUAUACCUCACUGAACAUUAUCAGAAUGUCUAAGAUAUCUUAUUCUUC